UUGUUGUCAGUUUAGUGUAGGGCUGCCAUGGACGAGCCGGACACUGCAGCGAUCCUCCCCGGCGAUGUGCUCGCCUCAGCCGACGAUGAAACUUCAGCCACUGGCCUAAGUGGCGUCAAAGGAGAGGAGGCGGACGUAUCGACCGGUCGCUUCGUCCGGCCACCGUACACAUGUUCGCUGCCGGUAACUGUGGAGCCGGUGAUGUUCCUCUCCAUGUUUGCUCUGGCUCUGCAGGCGCCUCUGUCCACACAGUACCUGUGGGACCGGAUCAGUGAGGACCUCGGCUACAACGGCUCCAAGAGGUCUGAGUGCAGCAACAGCUCCGCGCCCCCCGACCCGCUCCAGAAGGAGGUGGAAACCUUGACAGCCCACUGGAACCUGUACAUCAGUCUUGCAGGCUUUUCUGUAGGCCUGUUGAUGGUGCCUCUCCUGGGCUCGUGGAGUGACUUGGCAGGUCGCAGACCUGUUCUCAUCAUCCCAAAUCUUGGCAUGGCCUUCCAAGUUGUGGUUUACCUUGUGGUGAUGUACCUGAAGCUGCCUGUGGUCUACUUUCUAGUGGGCAGGAUACUCAGUGGCCUUUCAGGUGACUUCAACGCGAUCUUGGCCGGCUGCUUUUCAUAUGUGGCUGACACUAGUGACAGGAGGUCCCGCACCUUCAGAGUGGCAGUGUUGGAAGCUUGUAUAGGCAUUUCAGGGAUGCUAGCCAGCAUCAUUGGGGGUCACUGGCGGCAGGCACAAGGGUACAUCAACCCAUUCUGGCUGGUCCUGGCCACCAACUUGGCUGCGGCUCUGUACACUUACCUGUUUGUCCGCGAGUCUGUCGUUAUAGACCCAAGUGCCAAGCUUGUCACCUCUCGCCACCAUAAAGCUGUCUGGCACAUCUUCUCAACAGGAGGUAGUACUACAGAGGCUGGGGGAAGAUUUCACAGACGUAACCUGUGGCUUUACAUGCUGUGUUUCUUUCUGGUGGUGACUGUACACUUCGGCUGCAGGGAGCUGUUUGUGUUGUAUGAGCUGAGCUCACCGCUGUGCUGGGGGUCGGCCCUCAUUGGCUAUGGAUCAGCUGCUCACAACCUAGCCUACCUCACCAGUCUGCUGGGGCUGAAGAUCAUGCAGUUCUGUCUGGCAGACUCCUGGGUGGGUCUUAUUGGUCUGGCCUCCAACAUCACAGGGUUGGUGGUCUUUUCUGUAGCUGACAGCAUCCAGCUCAUGUUCACAGGUUAUGGUUUGUCUUUCCUCUUCAUGGCUGUGACACCUGUAAUUAGGUCAAAGCUGUCCAAGUUGGUGGACCCGUCAGAACAAGGUGCCCUGUUUGCCUCUGUAGCCUGUGUGGAGAGUUUAUGUUUUCUGGUCGGCAGCGGCGUCUUCAACUCCCUUUACCCAGCCACUCUGCACUUCAUGAAGGGCUUCCCCUUCCUGUUCGCUGCCAUCCUCCUCUUCAUCCCCGCUGGAAUAAUUGGCACCCUUCAAUGUUUGGACCAGAGGAGAGAGCACAGAGACUCCCCGGCAUCCUGACCUGACGACAGGCCGAGGGUUCAUCCUGGUGUCAGUCUAUGAGGUGAGCAGCUCAGACACAGAGACUCUGACGGGGCAGCUGACUGUUGUUAGCUCUCUCGGCGGUGGGAUUCCUCCAACAAGUCACAAGUGAUCAAAACCAAAGGAUCAAGAAUCAACCUCCUGACUGACAUCAAAUCUCUGCCAGAUUCAACACAAGCUAUAUUUUUUUUCAUUUGAAAUAUUUUCAAUAGAGUAUUAAGCGCCUUACAUUUCCAUUUUGGAUGUAUUAAUGUCAGUAGGUUGAAUGGCAAACUACAAGUUAAGAUGCUGUAAAGUCCAAACUGCUCAAUUGUUCAAAAACUUACCAAGCAUUGGAGGUCACGUACUGUGUUGUCAGAUGGUCUCAGAUCGAUGUUUUUUUUUUUAAUUCUCACCAUGCGUUUUGUUUAGUCAAAUCCUGCUGCUUGUUGAUUUAUGUAUAACCACCCCAGUGAAAGUAGUGAUUUGUUGACAAGUGCAGUCACGUGAUGAAAUACGACUUCACUUGUAGCCAAAUGUAGCCUAAUUUUGAUUUUAGAAAUGUUUUCAAACUAAAAAUUGUCAUUUUUUAAGAUCAUACAUAUAUUGUCGAAGAAAUUAAGGUUAUGAUGUGUUUUCAUGCCAAAGUGGGUGAAUUGUUCAGUAAUGAUCUAUUCUUAACUUAUUAUUGAUGUAGGACAAAUACAUGAGUGAAAUCUUCCCUGUGACAGCUAAUCUGGUACACAGUAUAUAAGAUGCAUCAGUUCUUAACCACCACACCCUUAUGUCUUACCUGAGGGGUUUUUUUCAUGGUACUUGUACUUUACCUGAGUAUUAACUUUCUGCACUAAGAUUCAAAGGGAAAUAUUCUUUUUUUUUUUUCGUUUUCACUCCUUGCAAAAUUUGCUACUUGAAUUGUGAUGGUUGAAUUUGAAGGUUUACAUAAUAAGUGAUACAUGAUGUAAUUAAAAUAAGCGCAACUUUUAGCAGCUGCAGGAUGUAGUAAUGUAGUACCCCUACUUUUGGUACUUCGGGUAUAUUUUGAUGGAAGUAUUUUUGUGCAAUAUUUUGGCCAAAACAUAAGUAUUUCAACAUUGUGGUAAGCACGCUGAUGCUUCUAAUGAAGUAAGUAACGUUGUCUGCUAUCCUAAAUCUGUUGUUGGACACGGUCUCAGAACAGUGAAGUCACCCCCCGAAAUUCCCAGAAUCACAUUACUGAGCUACACCUCCUCCUUCCAUAAAGCAGAGAGCAAAAUUCAAACUCCCUGAAGAGCCCCCUCCCCUCCCACCACAACAACACUGGAUAGUCCCAGAGCACAGACCCACAGCCAGCAUGAACACGGAGGUCAGGUCCUGGUGGCACAGGCAGGGAACAAGAGCUGCCACAUCAGCUUUAAAAUGCACACAGGGAAGUUGAGAGGUUAAUUGAAGUAUUACUGUGAAUUGAUCUGCAUGGAGACAGAUCGGUUUGGUUGUUGAAGCCAUUCGUAGACCUACUAACAAUACUGUUAACGCUUCACUUUAUUUAUACGUUGAAAGCAAACUAAUUUAUUGGACAACUACUGGACCAUUUUGUAUAGUUUGUGAUAAAGAUGGUAGGUUAAAGGGUUUCUGUUUACAUAUCACACAGUAAUGAAAAGUCAAAUAAAGAAUUUCACAGUUGAA